ACACUGGAAUUCUACGGCACUGAACUUACAAAAUGGCGGCCAUUAAGGUUUCACCAUCCCUCGGCCGGUUUUCGUUGUUGAAGCAAAGUUUUCAGCUUUUGCCAGCUACCUUUGGAAAGUCCAGAUCAUUUGGCAUUGCCUCAAAGAGUGAGGCACUAGCACAGUCUAAAGGGAAAUACUUGGUAACACUUAUUCCAGGAGAUGGAGUUGGACCCGAGCUUGUCCACAGUGUGAAAAGAGUCUUCAGUGCUGCUGGAGCACCUGUUGACUGGGAUGAAAUUCCAAUUAGUGAUAUGAGCUAUGGCAGCAGAUAUACCCUGGAUGAUGUAGUACAAUCAAUGAAGAAAACUGGUGUAGGGUUGAAAGGGGCAUUGACUACACCAUCAAGCAUCACCAGUCAAGAUCACUUGUCUCUCAAUCAAAAAAUGAAAACUGAACUUGACUUGUUCGCAAAUGUUGUUCACUGCAAAAGCCUCCCAGGUUUUAGUACCAGGCAUAGCAAUGUAGAUAUGAUAAUCAUCAGAGAACAAACAGAAGGUGAAUAUACCAGUCUGGAGCAUGAGAGUGUACCAGGAGUUGUAGAAAUGAUUAAGGUUAUUACCAAGAAGAAAUCAGAGAGAAUUGCCAAGUUUGCAUUUGAUUAUGCAACCAAGCACAAAAGACAGAAAGUCACUGCUGUUCACAAGGCAAACAUCAUGAAGCAAGGUGAUGGGCUGUUUUUAAAAACCUGUGAACAAGUUUCUGAACUCUACCCAAAGAUCAAGUUUGAAGGAAUGAUAGUGGACAACACCUGUAUGCAGCUUGUUGCCAAACCACACCAGUUUGAUGUGAUGGUGCUACCAAACUUGUAUGGCAGUAUUGUGGACAAUGUUGGAGCAGCCUUAGUUGGUGGAGCUGGUGUUGUGCCUGGAAAAAGUCUCGGAAGCAACUUUGCCAUAUUUGAGCCAGGAGCUCGCCAUACAUACGCUCAGAUGGCUGGGAGAAAUGUUGCUAACCCCACUGCAAUGAUUCUAGCUGGUGUUGACAUGUUGGAACAUAUGAAUCUUGGAUUUUAUGCUAACAUGAUCAAAGAAGCUCUGGAGAAAACAAUAUCUGAGGGAAAGUUCUUAACGAUGGACAUGGGUGGCAGUACAAGUACCACAGACUUUGUUCAGGCUCUCAUUCGAAAUCUGUACUCAUAGAAAAUGUUGCAACAGUGAAAAAUCUGUUGGCAUAUACUCAAAUUGAGCUGAUUACAAUAUAUCUUGAUCAAACUAGUGAAGUUGCAGUCUAGCUAACUGCAAGAAAUUAAGACUAUGCACAGAUGCUUUGUAAAAAUGUUCAGGAAAAUGUAAAGCUUUCAGUUGUUAAUUUUUGAGCUUCAUUGUAAAUAUUUAAAAAUGUAUUAUGCAGUUACAUGUACAAUAUUAUAAAGCAAUAAAAGUCAAUUUAGUUUAAAAACUGGUUGUGCGAGCUUUUGUCUUUUAAGCUGACUUUAAUCAUUUAACUGAGAAAUAAUUAUUGCAUACUGAUGACUGGUUGUUGCUUGGAUACAAAUAAUUCGUAACCAAGGAACAACUUAUCAAAUACACUAGCUGAAUUUCUGUAGAACUACAUCUGGGCAGAAGUCUCCAAAGGCUUGAGGAAAUGAUAAUUUCCAGUCAGAAGCUACCGUAAUCUGCCUCUUAUUAGCCCCUCUGUUUACGAGCCUCCCUGG